AUAGGCGCGCUCUCACACAAAACGAGAGAGUUUUGCAUCUUUUUAUUUAUAAUCUAUGGUAUAUGGAAUUCGUUUUGGCACAUUCUUUAACUCUAACUUUUUGUAUUUGCGGUACCUUGUGUUAUAAAAAUUGAGAUUAUGUUACUUAAAGGAAGGUUAUUAACAUCGAAACUAUUCACCUCACCUGCAUCGUUGCGGUGUACUGCCACUGUUAGCAAUCCCAAGACCGCUAUCCUUAUGUUAAAUAUGGGCGGACCACAGCAUACGGAUCAAGUACCUGAGUUCUUGUUACGAAUUAUGACUGAUCGAGAUAUGAUCCAGUUGCCUGUGCAAAGCCGUUUAGGCCCUUGGAUUGCUCAGCGCCGAACACCCGAGGUACAGAAAAAGUAUAAAGAAAUUGGUGGUGGUUCACCUAUUCUUAAAUGGACGGAGUUACAAGGUGAAUUAAUGUGUAAAGAUUUAGAUCGUAUUUCCCCCGAAACCGCGCCGCACAAACAUUACGUGGGGUUUCGCUAUGUUAACCCACUCACUGAAGAUACGCUGAAGCAAAUUGAAAAGGAAGCCCCCGAAAGGGUAGUAUUGUUUUCCCAAUAUCCGCAAUAUAGUUGUGCAACCUCUGGAUCCAGUUUUAAUUCGAUUUUUUACCACUACCGCCAACAUUCCCUUCCAAAGAAUAUAAAAUUCAGCGUAAUUGACCGUUGGUCGACACAUCCUCUUUUGAUAAAAACAUUCGCUGAACGCAUACGUGAGGAGUUAAAUAAAUUUUGUGAGACAAAACGCAAAGAUGUCGUUAUACUCUUCACAGCACAUUCGCUGCCAUUGAAAGCUGUGAAUCGGGGUGAUCCAUAUCCCUCCGAAGUGGGAGCUAGUGUGCAUUUAGUCAUGCAAGAACUAGGGAAAUCGAAUCCUUAUAUAUUGGCCUGGCAAUCGAAAGUGGGGCCCUUACCUUGGCUUGCCCCAUCUACUGAUGAUACUAUAAAAGGUUAUGUAAAACAAGGACGCAAAAAUUUCAUUUUGGUUCCAAUCGCGUUUGUAAAUGAGCAUAUUGAGACUUUGCAUGAGCUGGACAUCGAAUAUUGUGAUGAAUUGGCUAAAGAGGUGGGUGUUGAGGAAAUAAGACGUGCCGCUGCACCAAACGAUCAUCCACUUUUCAUCAAAGCGUUAAGUUCAAUUGUAGCGGAGCAUUUAAAGGAUGAGAAACCGUUGAACCCUAAAUUUUUGAUGCGCUGUCCAAUGUGUGUUAAUUCACGUUGCAUGGAAAGUAAAAAUUGGUAUAGACAUAUUUGUGCUUAAUCAACGUACAUGCUUAGGUGUAUUUGAAACGAUAUAACAAUAUGCACUAUAGGAUUUUCAAGGAGUGUCACAAAUAUUGGUAUAAGGGACUAUUUAAAUUGUCUUCAAAUAAUUAGUUGUUGCUGAUUUGGAAUGGUUAUAAAAUUGUUGGAAUGAACUUAUUAAAAAAAAUUGUUUUAACUAAUUGCACAAAA